UGGACUUUUUGGCAGGACGCGGAGCGGCGGUCGGACGCGUGGCUUGGCGGCGAGCAAGAGCCGCUGGAGGGCUUCGGCUGGCGCACGGGCUCCGAGCGGAACACCAUCGGCAUCCACAUCUGGUCCCGCCCUUUCGAAAUGACUCUAUCUACUGGAGAAAAGGUGGCCGUGGUGCUCAUGGACACGCAGGGCACCUUCGACAACGAGAGCACCAUGCGUGAGUCCACCACCAUCUUCGCGCUGUCCACGCUGCUCUCCUCGGUGCAGAUCUAUAACAUCAAGAGCAACCUCGGUGGCGACGACCUCCAACAUCUGCAGUUAUUCACCGAGUACGCACGGCUGGUGCUCAACGACGACGGUGGCCCGCCGUUCCAACAAUUAAAAUUUCUUGUCAGAGACUGGAUGUUUACCUCUGACCAAGAAUUUGGGGCCCAGGGCGGCAGACGUCUGCUGGAUAAAGUCUUACAAAUCAAGCCUGAUCAGCCUGCGCAGCUGCAAGAGAUUCGGCAACACCUGCGGUCUUGUUUUCAAGAUAUCGACUGCUUCCUUAUGGCUCACCCUGGCUUCAACGUCUCCGAUAAGAACUUCAAAGGAACCUUGGCUGAUCUCCGAACUGAGUUCAAAGCGUGUUUACUGGAGUUCGUGCCACUUGUGCUGGCGCCCAACCGCCUGGUUCCCAAGCGUAUCAACGGCCAGACGCUGACUGCGCAGGAGUUCGUCGUCUACUUCAAGCGCUACAUGGACGUGUUCAAUGGCGGCGACAUGCCCACGCCCGCCACGAUAGUGCAGGCGACCGCGGAGGCGGGUCUCCUGCUCGCUACGGAGGCGGCGCGCGCGGAGUAUGCUCGAGGCGUGGAGGAGUGUGCGGGCUCGCGAGCGAUGGCGCCGGCGGCCGUGUACCGCAGCCACGCGCAGGCCGUCGCCGCGGCCCGCGAACUCUUCACCGCCCGGAGGAUCAUGGGGAGUCGCCAGAACAUCGACCAGGCUAUAGCAAACUUAAUGGUGGAAUUCGACAGUCGUUUGCGUGACUUCACCGCAAUUAACGAGGCGAAGUUGAGCAAGGCAUUCGACGAAGCAAUGGAUAGAUACACGGAGUUGCUUCUGAAGGGAACUCCAGCAGAGCGCCUGUGCGUGAGCCUAGGGGCCCUACACGCCGCGCACAGCGCCGCAGUGGCCGCCGUAGUCGAAGAAUUCAAGGACAAACUCUGCACCGAUGGCAAAGACAAAGAAACAACACAACUGCAUAAGGAUUUGAAAGCGCGCUACGCUCAAAUGGUCCAUUUCAAUGAACUGAACAAUAAUGGUUAUCUUACUGAAGCCUUCGACAAGUACGUUAGCGAGAUGGACAGACAUGUUGUUGCCCAUUGCUGCGUGAGCACCAUGCGCCUGAAUCGCAUCCAUGAAUCAGCGCGUGAAGACGCCAUAAACUUUUUUUGGGGCAAGCGAAAUGCUGGUUCUGAACGGCAGUCAGAUGAUAGUUUCGUGGAACGAUUGGAGAAGAAUAUUAGAGAACAAUUCAAGAAAUUUGUUCAAAUAAACGAUACAAACACCGAAGCAGUCGUAGUCGCAGUGAUAGGGCGCUACAAAGAUGGCAUGUUGGAAGUAUUCGGGACUCAAAUGAAGUGUUUACCAUCGUCAGAGUUAAAAAAAAAGGAAAAAAAUGUGAGGAAGGAGGCUAUCGCGAUGUACCAUGAGCGAAGAACAGCCGGCAAGGAGGAAGGUUACGAUAGAUACUUGGGAAACAUUGAACAGGCGAUGACCGAGCACUUCGACCAGAUGAAAGAAAUGAACGAGGAAAUCAAUGAAGCCGCUAUACGCAGUGGAUGCGCGGAGUACCGUGCUGUCAUGGACGUCAACACCGCGGGCUUGCCGGGGUUCCUGAAGCCACUUUCGGUGAUACUGUUGCCCGCUAGGUUAAUAGAAUCAUGGCUCUUGAUCGACGGGUAUCACAAAACGGCUAAAAAUGAAGCUACCCAAGCCUUCAAAAGGCAUCGGCAGGGUGGCCGCGUCGAGGAGGACGAUGAAUAUUACGACCAAUUAAUAUCUAGAAUCAACAACAUACUUACCGAUUACAAGAACCCGAUUUUGCUAACUGCUAGGGACUUGGGCAUUCCACUUCCAAAUAGCAAGUAGUAGUUACCUACUAAGUAUUUUAUUGUAUUGCAAGCAAACAAGUUAAGAUUUUACUUAUUGAGAUUUAUCUAUUUUUCAAACAAAACCAUUAAAAAUCUUUGUAACUAACAUUUUUACGCCGGUAUUCACAAACGAUGCUUGCUUAAAGUGAAGCAGCCAAUCGAACGCACAGCGUCUAAUAGAGCUUUGUGAUUGGUUCAUGUGUGACCCUGUGCGUCUACGCGCACUAUGAGACCUCAUAGUAAUGUUUGUGAAUACGGGCGUUAGAUCUAUGCGAGUAAAGGAAACCUAGAUAACCAAAUAAUUUUAUUAUUUCAUUU